AUGAAAGAACUACCAAAAAAAGCUAGCCCUUGGCAAAAUGUAAAUACUUUAAAACAUUGUGAUGUUGAUUUAUUAUUUUCCUUUGAUUUAAAUAAAGGUGUAGAACAUAAACUUAUUUCCUUCGCAUUAAAUCUUUUAUGUGUAAGUAAAAAAUAUGAAUUAAUAUUUAUAACUUACGGUCAAUAUAUUUACGUAUAUGAAAUGAACAAAUUUAUGGAUACUAAUGAUAUAAACGAAAAUGAUUAUAAUAAAAGGAACUUUCUCAUUAAUUUUAAUCAUCAUGAUAUAACAAAAAAUAAUAAUUGUUUUAAGAAUAUGAACAAAAUAAAAUACCUUUAUAAUGAAAUUAAAAAAGAGUUUUAUUUAAAAAAGUCAAAUAUACCAAAUCCUGUUUUGAUUUUAUCACCUCAUAUGUAUUCCAAAGGUUAUGUUAAUAUUAGGUGUGAGGAAAAAGAGAAAUCGGAAAAAAGUGUAUUGAUAUGUGUUGGAUGGUCAGAAGAUACAAAUAUUUACUAUGUUGAAAAAAUUGUUGAGUGCAUAAAUAUUAAAAAAAAAUUAAAAAAUUUACUAGAAAAAAAUUUAUAUAGUGAUAAAACAUGCGAAAAUAUAAGUUAUCAGAUGAAUAAUUCUCCUCAUUUCCAAGGUUUUCAUAAUGAUCCAUACCAUUUUUUAAAAAAAUUAAAAAUAGAUGAAAACAAUUUUAUUUUAAAUUUAAUAUAUAAUGGCGAAUGCAUAAACAACUAUUCAAAUGAAUUCAUUGAUAUCCUUCAAUUAUAUAAAAAUGAUCAUUUUGAUUACACAAAAAAUAAAAUAAAAGAAAAAAGAAGUAUACUGUUACGUAAACUAGAGGAAGAAAAAAAAAAUAAAUCUAAAUCAAUUGUAUCAAAAGAAAAAAAAAAAAACUGGUCUAAUAAAAUUUUUGCAAAUAAGAAUGUUCAAAAAGGAUUAAGAAAUCCUUUUUUAAAAAUAAAAAAAAAAGACUUAUAUAAGAAGAAUUAUAAGUGUAUAUUAAGAAGCAAGAAAUAUAUAAGCAGUUAUUCAGAUAAAAAAAAAGUAGAAAGUAAUAUGUUAAAAAAAAAAUUUAAAAUCAGUGAUUUUUAUAGUAGCCUUGGGAGUGAGGAAGAAUAUGAGGAAGAAAAGGAAAGUGAACGUAUCGAAAAAAACAAAAAAAAUUGUAAAAAAAAUAACUACAAUAGUUAUUUAGAUAAUGAUGAAAAAGAAAUAGAAGAAAUAAACUUUUAUAGAAAGUUUCGUGAAAAAGUUUAUAUAGGAUACAAUUUGAGAUCAAGUUUAGAAUUAAAUGAAAAAAAUGAUUAUAUCAAUUCAUUUAGACAAGAUAACCAACUUGUAAAUGAGUAUUUAAAAUCAUCAAGUGAUGAAAAUAAAGAAAGUGAUUAUACAUAUAAAUUACCUAUAUAUGAAAAAACUAAAAAUAUAUUAAAAUUAUAUGAACAUAAAUUUUUUUUUAAAUCAUUAAAAAAAAAAAAAAAACAUAAGAAAGGGAAUAUAUUUGAUAAUAAAAAGAUAUUAUCAAAUAUUAUAAAUCUUAAAAAUAAUAAUUAUUUAUAUUACCCUCAAAAAAAAUGUGAAAUAAAUAUAAAAGAAUAUUAUGGUGAUAACAAGGAAAUGCAACUAAAAUAUUUAAAUAAAAAUAUAGAGAAUUAUAUGUUAUAUAUGAAACAGUUAAACUUAUUAAAAGAAGAAAGAAAAAAAUUUGUUAAUUUUUGUAAAUUAUAUAUAAAACAUAAAUAUUACGAAGAAUAUAGCAAAAAAUUAGAAACAUUUUUAGAUCCUUCAAUUAAAAUAAAAUAUCAUAACAUUUGGAAGCAGUUUAAUAUAUUUACUUUUAAUUUAUUUAAUGUAGAUUAUAAUGAUAAAAUAUUGAGAUCUGUUCAUGUAUACUUACAACCAGAUAUUGUUUUUAAUAAUAAAAUAUACGUAAAAUCAGAUACCUCUACUUGGGCUAUUUCUUUUAAUUUCAAAAAAAAUUUAUUAGCUAUUGGAUCAAAUACCCAUAAUAUACAUAUAUAUAAUUUGAAUAAUUUCUAUUAUUUUAGAAGAAGAUAUAAUUAUGAUGAAGCAUUAAACUAUUUUAAAAACACUUUUGUACAUAAAAAUUUUCAAGUAAAUAAUUUGUUUAGUGAUAAUAGAGAAUAUGUUUUUUUUAGUAAUAAUGAAAAGAAUAGAAAAAAAAGGAAAAAAAAUAUAAAAAGUUCUAAUUUUGGUAAUAUAUACCAUAAUGCUAAAAAGAAAAAGCAUAACUUAUUAAAUAUAAACACAAUUAUCAAAGAUUCACAAAUAAAUAUAAAUUUAAAUGCUACGAAAAAAAAAAAAUUCUAUAAUUGUUCAAAUGAUUUGACGAAAAUUCAAAAUAUAAACAUACAAAAUAUUUUACCAUAUAAUUUUAACUUAUCAAAAAUUAAAAAGAAAAAUUUUGAAAAAUUUAGGUUAAAUAAAAGUUAUUUUUAUAAGGAGCAUAUUAGUUUUAAUUAUUUAUCAGAUAGUUUUUAUGAAAUAAUUAAGCUACAUAAUUAUAAACACAAAAAUGUAGAUAACCUAGUUUUAGACAAAAAUAAUUAUGUACCUAUAUUAAAAAAUUACUUAGAUAAAAGUGAAGAAAUAUACAAAAAUUAUCAAAAAAAAAGUAUAAAGAGAAAAACAUUAUAUAAUAAAUCAUGUUAUUCUGAUGAUGAUUAUACAUUUUAUUAUAAUAAAAUAAUAAGUAAAAAUAAUCAUAUAAAUAAUUCUAUAGAUUUUGUUGAUAAAUUUAAUAAAAAAAUAUAUCAUCUGAAUUAUUUUGAUAGUGAAUUAAAAUUAGGAAAGGAAAAAAAUUCUUGUAUUUUAAAGAAAAAUUAUAAAAAUAUUUCGUAUGUAGAAAAAAUGGUAACAAAUAUUCUUUUAAAUAAAAGUAAAAUUCCAGUAGAUUUAUCUCUCUUUUUUAUACUUAGAAAAGAAAAUUUAAAAAAUAUACUUUUAACAAUUUCAUAUAAUUUUCCAAGUGAUUCAAUUGUUUUGUUUUUAAAACAAGCUUGCAUAGGAGAUGAAAUAUUUCAUAUAAGAUGUAGAAUUUGUUACAAUAUUUAUUCAACUAUUCAUAAAAUGAAAAAAUUAUAUAUCAAAGAAUUUAGUUCAAAAAAAAAUUUUCAUUUAAAAUUAUUCGACAAAAAUACAUUAUUAAUUAAUUCUGAAAAUUUCUUAAAAAAUUGGUAUCUCAAAUACUUUCGUAAAAAUAUUUUCUUAAAUUUUAAUUCAUCAUUAGAAAAAAGAAAAAUGAAAAAAAAAAGUAAAGGAAAUUUAUCUAAUAAUAUGUUAAGUCAAGAUAAUUAUACGUAUAAUAGUUACAAGACCAUUUUUAAAAAAAAUAAAAUAAAUAAAUUGAAAUUAAAUAAAAAUAAAGAAAAAAAAAAUAAGAAAAAUCAAAUGAAUAAUGAAAAAUUAAAAGUAAUUAGUAAAAAUUUGCUUCAUGAAAGCACUAGCAGCGAUGAAACACUUAAUAAAAGGUUUAUUUAUAGCACAAAAAAAAAUUAUAAUUUGUUGGAAAAAGAAAAGCAUUAUGUUUUUUCGUUAUCUAGCGUAAAUGAUUAUAGGAAUAUUAAUUCAAAAAAUAAAAUAAUCCAUUAUACUUUAAUGUAUAGUUACAAGAGAGCUAACUUUGUUCUUAAAAAAAUAUCAAAAAUAUUCAGAGAUUUUAUUAAAGAUAGAUAUAAAUAUAUAUUUUAUAAUAAAAAUCAACUAUGUUCAAACGAAAAGUUCAUAUAUAUUAUAAAUAAUAAAAAAGGUAAAAAAAAUUUAACCAAUUAUAACGAAGUUUCUAUAAAAUAUAUUAAAGAAUUAAAAACAGUAAUAAAAAAUAUACAAAGUAAUACACAAUAUUUUUGUUUAAAUAAAAAAAAUAAUAUUAAAAAAAUAGAAGAAGGAUUACCUAAUAAAAAGAUAUUAAUUAUUUAUGAAUUACGUGAUCAUAAUAAUAACCUAUUAGACAUAAUUCAUUUAUCAAAUGAGAUUAAGGAUGAUAGCGAAAAAUUCUCAUCUGAUACUCAAUCGGAUAAAUUAAGAGAAGAUAGUAAUAUAUAUUAUACUUUAAAUUUUAGCCGAGAUGAAAAUAAUAACAAAAGAAAAUGUAUAAUCAAAAAUAAUUUUAAUAUGGCAAAAAUAUUUUCAAAUAGCAAAAUAGCAGAAUCACAUCUAAGUGGUAUUGUAAAUAAUACAAUUCAAAUGGAAAUAAAAAAUUUAAGGAAAGUUAAUUCACAUUUAUUAAAUAUGGAUAGAAAAAAAAGCAUAAAUUCUUCAUCAGAUUUUAACGAUGAAUCUGAUAAAAGUUCUUCAAUACCUUCUAUUAAAAAAUUUGGGAAUCAUAUUAAAUAUAGAACAAAUAUUUCUCAUAUUAAUAUACCAAUAAGAGAAAGUGUAAAUUACUUAAAUGCUCAAAUUAAUGAAGGUUCUAUGCAAAAUCAUAAUCAAAAUUUAAGGGGUGAAAGUAAUUUAGAAAUUCCUAACAAUAAUAGUUCUUUUAUUCAAUGCAUACAUAAUUUUAGAAUAUUGCAAAAUAAUUUUAUAAAUAAUACAUAUAAUAAUAAUCAAAAUUAUGAAAGUAUAACAGAAAACUAUUUAAAUAAUAGUAGGAACAAUUAUGAAAACAACGUAUUAAAUGAUUCUCAUAAUAUUUUAAACCGUAAUAAUAGAUCAAAUUAUAUUAGUAAUGUUUUAUCAAACAAUAUAGAUAAUAGUGAAGAUAGCAAUAAUAAUCAUAUAAAUAAUACUGAUAUUAUAAAUAUUAAUGAAAAUUUGCAUAAUAUCAAUUCUUUAGAUAACAACAAUAAUUUAAAUGUUAGUAGCACAGAUGUUAAUAUAAAUUUAAAUAAUAAUUCUAGAAUUAGUACAAGUAGAGAUGGUAAUGAUGAGAAUGCAGGAAUUAGCAUAAAUUUAAGCAAUAUUGCCAAUUUAAAUUUGAAUACAAAUUUAACUAGUAAUAAUGAUGCUAAUAAUAUCCAAAAUUCCUCAUUUUUUUAUAACAAUGAAUAUAUGUUUCUUAGUAUUUUAUACAAUAAUAUAUUAAAUAUGAGAAUUGAUAAUAGAAAUUUUUCAAACUUGUUAGAUUCAAAUAAUUUACCUUUUAAUAGAAACAUUUUAACUAACGUAAAUAAUAAUAAUUCAAAUAGAUAUUUAAAUAUUCUCAUGAACAGCGAAGUGAAUAAUAAUGAUUUUUGUAAUCAAAUGUUGCAAAGCAGAUCAAUAAUAAAUAAAGAACAAAUGAAAAAACGCUAUAGCAAAAGUGAUAUUAAAUGUAAAGAUAAGAAAAACAUAAAAAAGAGAGAUAGUAAUAGUCCUUUUCAUGAAAUUUCGUUGAACAUGAGAAAUAUAUGCAGAAAAAAUAAAUAUGAUGUUACUAUUAAAAAUAUAUAUACUUUAUCAAAAAGUGCAGAUAAAAUAUUAGUUGAUUUUAAAAAAAAUUCAGAAAUACUUUUUGAUUUUGUUAUUGUAUGUGAAGGGUUACACAUAAGAAAUUGGGAAACUAAAGAAAAUAUAAAACAAGGUGAUGCAUAUAAGAAAAGGAGAGAAAAUGAAGGAAAUCAUGAAAAAGUAAAAAAAGAUGAAAUAUUUCAAAAAAAAAUUAGGAAACAAAGGAAAUUACAGAAACAUGAAGAAAAACAAAAAGAAAUUGAACAGAAUUUUAUAAAAGUUAAUACAUUAGAAGAAGAUAAUAUGAAUGAAUAUAUAAAACCUAUUUUUUCUUCUAAUAUAGAUUACCCAUUUUUAAAAAAUGAAAAUAAUUCUACAUAUAAUAAUAAUAAUGUUUUAAUAGAAAAAAUUGAUAAUAAGGUAAAUCAAAAUAUUCAGAAUUGUAACUUAAAGGACACAAAUUUAACCAAUCCUUUAUAUAAAGACACAAAUCUAAUUAAUUUAAGUAAUGUUUCUUCCAGUUUUACUUCAGAUUUUGAAGAAUUAUCAGAUAUGUCUUAUAGCUCAUCUAGUGAAAACUUUAGUGAUUUUAAUUUCAUAUCAGAAUCUUCUCUUGAUGAAUGUUCUAAUUGUGAAUAUUCGAAUAUGUGUAUUGAAAAUAAAAAUGAAAUUGAUUUUAAUUCUACGUACAAAUUUUUAAAACAUGAAAACUCAUUAUUAUAUGCAAAAAAUUAUAAUGUUAGUAUAAAAAAAAGUGAAAAAUCUUUAUCAAAAUAUUGCUUAAAAGGAAAAUCAUCUCAUAAAAAAAAAAAAACUCAUAAUAAAAAAACUAAAAUUAUUACAUUAAAUAUAAAUGAUUUUGAUUAUGAACCCCUUUUAAGUAAGAAAGAAAAUAAUGAAAACACAGAGAAAAAUGAUAGUGAUAGAAAAGAAAUAUUAAAUAAAAAAAAAAUAAAUGAUACUCUUACUAUUAAAUCAGAAUGGAUACAAAAAGUAUUACUUCAAGAAGAUUAUUAUGAAGUUAAAGAAAUAAAGGAGAAAAAACAAAAAAAAAAUAAUGAAGUAGUUGAAGAAAGAAGAGCAAAAGGGGAAUAUGAAAAAGAAAUGGAUGAUAAAAAUAAAAUUUUAAACAUAAUGAACAUUCUUAAAAAAUGUAAAUUAAAUGAUAAUAUGGGAAAAACAGAAGAUUGUAAAAUAAAGUACGAUGAAAAAUUAAGAUAUACGAAUUUACCGAAUAAUUCAAAUAAAGUAAAAAAUAAAAAUAAUAUUUUUACUAAAAAAAUAAAACAAAAUUUUAAUUAUAAUAUUAGUUCUCUAAUACAUUAUAAGGAAAAAGAAAUAAGAAAUUAUUUUUAUGAUGAAAAACAUAUUAAGCAUAUAUCUAAAGAAAUACGAAGAAAAUUUCUAAAUAAAAUAAAUAAAGAAUAUGUAGAAAAAUUCGUAAGUGAAAUAAUGUGGACUUUUUCAAAUGUUAUUUUUUAUUCUGCAGAUUGGUAUGAUAUAUUAUAUAAAUUAUUUUUUGAUGUUUCAUCUAGAUUUUAUGAAUUAGUUAUAAAACAUCAUCAGCAUAACAUUCCAUGUGUAAAGUUUUCCCCAGAUGGUAAUUUUUUAUUAUCAUGUUCAGUUGAUAAAAGUGUUGUAUUAUGGUAUCCAUAUAAUAUAGAAAAUUUUAAUUUAGAAAGAAAUUUUAAUAUUUAUGAUCAUAUACUACCUCAUAGUGGUGAAAAGAAAAACAAGAAGACAUAUAGCAAUUGUUUUCUUAAUAAUAUAUACUCAAAUAUAUCAUUAGAAAUUAAUUAUGCAAAUAAAAAAAAUGUUUUUGAGAAAUUAUAUCAUGAUACGAAAUUGUGGCAAAUAAAAAAAGAACAAGAAUUAAUAAAGAAAAAAAAUAAUGAUAUACUCUGUAAGCAAAGUUUAAAAUAUAUGGGUUGGAGCUGUGAUUUUAUUAUUAAGAAAAAUGUCAGUAAUUUUGACUUCUUAGUUGAUUUAUUUCACAAAGAAAAAUUUUUAGAUAGGUAUAAUUUUAAUUACUCUUCUUACUUUCCGUUUAGUUAUAUUAAUUUAAACAACUUUUUAAACUUAUUUGAAAAAUAUUCUAUUUUUCAUUUAUUCAGAUGCUCAUUUUUAAGAAUAAAAAAUAAAUUAUCCGAAAAUUUCAAUAAUUUUAUUAUGUAUCUAUAUAGAACUAACAUUAAGAAAACAAAAUAUUUAGAAGAAAAUAAAAUAAAAUAUAUUUUAGAAAUAUUAACUGAUAAAAAUAAAAAUAAGAAAUAUAAUAUAAAAAAAAUAAAAAGGCUAUAUUCAGCAAUGAAAUAUAUAUCCCUCAAUUUACUCAAACCAUAUAUUUUAAUUCAUCCACUUAAAUGUGAUAAAUAUUACCCAAAUCAUAAAGUGAAAUUAGAUGAAGAAAGUUUGCUUGAUUAUCCUCAUAUUUUAACAGAUUAUAAUAUGACUUAUUCUGAUGAUAGCGAAAGUGUUUUAAAUAGAAAUUUUAAAAGUAAAAUUGAUAAAUUAAAUUUUUUUAUUGAAAAUAAUAGAAAAAAGAAUAAAAUGAGUAAUUUAUAUUAUAACCUUUCAGAAAGUGAAGAUAGUAAUUUGUCAAAUGAUGAAUUAUCAUCCUCAAAUAAUGGAAUAAAAACUAAGUAUAAAAUUAAUAUGAAUGAUGAUGAAUCAGACAUAAAUUAUUUAGAAAAAAAUAUGUAUGAAAAAUCACUUUUUUACAAAUAUAUACAUAAAAUAAGAGAUGAAUUUAGUUUAAAUUUUUUACUGUACGAAGAAAAAGCUGAUAUUAGUAAAUGGACAUUCACUUUUCAAAAAUUAAUGAAUCAGUAUACUGAUAUGAAAUGUUUUAGGGGAUUAUAUAAUCAUAUAAAAAAUAAAAUUCUUAUUAAAUAUAUUAAUAAAUAUGAAAAUUUGAAACCAAAUUUGUAUUUUAAUUUUCACAUUACACGAAAUUAUAAUGAAUUAAAAAUAUUAAAAGAAAUUUUAUUAAAUCAUUCCAUUUAUUUCAAUGAGAAAAAUAGGAUUCUUAGCAAUGAUUAUAACAAAAUUAAUAAUGAAUUUAAAUUAUAUUUAAAACUAAUAAAAAAGCAAAAAUUAUUAAAUGACUAUUGUAAAAAAGAAAAAUGGAGAAAUUUAAAAAAAAAAAGAAAUAAUAAUAAUAAUAAUAAUAAUAAUAGUUCUUUUAAAAACAAAGGAUACACUAUUAUAUUAAAAAAUAAUAUAAAUAAUUUUCAUAAUGUUAUAAAUAAUAUAAUAAAUAUAUCUUAUAAAAAUAAAAUUAUUAAGCAUCAUAAAUUUUUUAAGGAAAAUAAUAUUUAUAAUACCAAUAAUUGUAAUAACAAAAAAAAAAAAAAAGUAAAUAAAGAUUCAGAAUUUUUUAAAAGUUAUAAAAAACAUAUUCAAGAGGAUAUUUUUCAUAACUAUUUCAAUGAUUUCAAAAAGUACCAAAGUGAUUUUUAUUCCACGGAUUCCUUUAAUUCUUAUUUAAGUGACACAUUCAAAAAAUACAAAAAAAAAACAAAAAAAAUAAAGAAAAAUAUGAAUAAUAAUAAUAUAAGAAGUAACCUCAAAAAAAGAGAUUUAAAAGAGUCCAAAAAAAAAAAAAAAAAAAGUUCAAAUUAUGUAGAUAGAACAUUUUCAUAUGAAAAAGGAAAAGAAAUAUGUUAUUUAAAAAAAAAAAAAAAGAAGAAUCAAUUUUUUAAUAGUAAUAAUGUGUUAAAAAAAGGAGAUUUAAAAACAGUAUUACAAAAUGAAAAAAAAAAAUUUAAUAUAUGUUUUCUAAAUUCAGAAAAGGAAAAUUAUAAAAUUAAUUACUUUUCUAACAUAAAUAUAUUACAAAAUCUGUAUAAAUAUUGUGGAAGAGGAUUAAUUCUAGUAAAUGUAAGAUAUAUUGAAAAUAGUUUUAAAAAUAAAAAUAUUGUUAAAAAAAAAAAUGACGAAAAAAAAUCAUCUUUAAAAAAACAUAAUAAUAUAAUAUUUCAAACUGAUAUAUAUAUUUGUAAAACAAAGACAACAAAAAAUGACACGAAUUGUAAAAGUUAUUUACAAAAGAAAUCCAGAGAUAUAAUUUUUAUUUUAAAAGUUAAUAUUGAAGAAUUAAAGAAUUAUUUAAAGAGGAAAUUUAUAUUUGAAAAAAAAUUUAUCAAUGAUAAUUUUUAUAUUAAUUUAAAAGUAGUAAAGAUAAUUUAUUUACUUACAUUAAGAAAUUGUAAAUUAUUAGAUAAAGAUAUUAAUAGUACCGAAGGAAAAAUGGAUAAAAUAAAUAAAAAAUUAUUAAAUCGUUUUUUAUCAAAAGAAGAGUAUAAUUUCUUCCUAUAUCUAACAAAUAAUUUAUUCAAAGGAAAAAAGUAUACAUUAACACGUGAAAACAUAUAUAAAAAUAUAAUAAAAAUGAGAAAUUAUAUAUUCAAUUCUAAAAACAUAGACAUUUCUAGUGUUAAAGAUUAUCCCUUGAGUGAUUAUGAAAAAAAAAAUUCAUCAAAAGAUAAAUUUCAGAGUUCUUUUAAUUUAUUUUUCUCAUUGCUUCCUCAAUAUAAAAAAAAUAUAGUAAUGCUAAAUAUAUCAACAUUCAGAUUUUUAUAUUCUCAUAUUAAUAAAAAAAAGAAAAAAAAAAAUGUUUGUUGUAUAAAUAAAAAUAAGGAAAUACAUGAAGCAAUAGUAAGUAAAGAAGAAAAAAAGAAACUAAGCAAAUAUUUAAUAUUAUCAGCAGAUAAAUGUAAAUUGUAUUUAUUGAAAAUUAAAUUUACAAAAAUUACGAAAAAUUUAUUUACGACAAAAUUUAUUCCUAUAAGUGUUCAAACUAUACCUAAAGAGCAUAUUUUACCUUCUGCUUUCAAAACAUCACGUAUUAGUUUAUUAAAAAUUAUUUAUGAAAAAUCAUGUAUACUAUUAGCUAAUCAGUAUAGUAAUAAUAUAUUUAUUUAUUUUGUUCAUAAAUGUGUGUAUACAAAUUCUUAUUUUUUAAUACCAUAUUUUAUACUACCUCUGUAUACAGAACUUAUAGGAAAGGAACUUUUUUAUUGUUUUAAUAAGGAUAUAUCUAAGAAUGAAAACAACUAUGUUGUAAAUAAUAUAAAUUAUAAUUUAAAAAAAUUGUUAGUUAUUAAUUCGAAAGAAGCUCCAGAAGAAAGCAAUUUUUUUAUUGCUGGUUUUGAUGUAAUAUAUAUUGAAGGAAAAGAUAAUAACUUCGAAUUAACUAUUUUUGCGAUUUUACUUAGUAAUAUUAUAUUUUGUUAUAAAUUAAAAUUUCAUUAUUAUUAA